GAACUGUUUUAUUUUAGGUAACAUCUUAGAAGACGUUUCUCACUUCCUCCUAUGGAGGUUGUUUUGUCUCUGCCAGUGCCAGAUUACAGCAAUUUUGGUUAAGCCCUUGGUACCAACUCAAAGCCAAAGCCACUCAACAACUCUCUUAUCCAUUUACCAUUUGGUAAGACUUCUCUUCAUUAUAUUACAUCUUCUCUUUUGGAAUUUCACUUUGCGCUUAUAUGAAAUAAAAAUCCCAUUUCAGUUCAAAGCUAUGCAAUUUCAUCUUCAUGCUAUAUGCUGCAUUUCAUAGCUAUUAUCCUCUAAGUGAAAAAGAACCUUAAUUUGGCAAAACCUUGAAGACCCAGACAGGGAAUUGCAAGAAAUAAAGAAAAAAAAAAAAUUAGGUAUGGGGUUUAUCACCACUGCAAUAGCUGCAUACAGAUACUUUAGCACCAAUAGUACUGGGAAAAGCACAAAAUUUGCACAAAAUAGGUUUAGGAGUAAAACCAAGACCAAAAACAGUGAACCCAGAAAACCUAGGACCAGAAUCAAGUGGACUGACCAACAAAAACAAAUCAUAUCUGCCAUUUCUGAGGGAAAUUCAGUGUUCAUCACGGGCUCGGCAGGAACUGGUAAAACAUUAUUGGUUAAUCAUAUUAUCAAACUGUUGAAAAAAUGUCAUCACCGAUCUGGGGUCUUUGUCACAGCGCCCACUGGCGUUGCUGCAUGUGCUAUUGGUGGACAAACACUGCACUCGUUUGCAGGCAUUGGGCCUGGAGUGGGGGAUCGCCACACUUUGCUAGAUAGGGUUCUUUCAGAUAAGAAGGCUUACAAUAGGUGGAAAAAAGUUGAGGCAUUGGUUGUUGAUGAGAUUAGCAUGGUUGGUGCAGAGUUGUUUGAGAAUCUUGAAUACAUUGCGAGAGAGAUACGCGGUGAAGAUGAGGUGUGGGGUGGAAUUCAGCUUGUUGUGAGUGGAGAUUUCUUUCAGCUACCACCAAUUUUUUGUAAGUGGAAUGCAUCAGGCAAGGAGUUUGCAUUCGAAGCUGACUGCUGGAAUGCGAGUUUUGAUUUUCAAUAUGAGCUUACUGAGGUUUUUAGGCAAUCAGAUUCGCGAUUUAUCAAGCUGCUUCAGGGUAUAAGGAGAGGGGAAUGUGAACCUCAGGACAUAGAAUUUCUUGAACAAUCUUGCUCGGUGACUGAGUCUGAGUCAGAUCCUUCAGUGGUACAGCUAUAUCCAUUGAAUAAAGAUGUGGAAACAGUAAAUCAGAUGAGGAUGGAUGACUUGGCAAAGGAGGGUACUAUAUAUUUAGCUGUUGAUAGUGGUAACAAUCCUUGGAAGAAUCAACUCAAUCAGGGAAUAGCACCUGAUGAGAUUUUCCUCUGUGAAGGUGCAAGGGUGAUGCUGAUCAAGAAUCUGAGUACUUGGCGUGGACUAGUGAAUGGUGCCACUGGUACAAUUAUAGGAUUUCGUGAGCCAGAGAAUAUGGAUGUGACAGACAUGUGUUAUGACAACCUGCUACCAAUUGUCAGAUUUGAUUCAGGGCUAACCAUGGUGAUUACACCAGCAAAGUGGGUUGUGAUGGAGGGAGAUAAAGUUGUUGCUGAAAGAAAGCAGAUACCCCUCAUACUGUCAUGGGCUCUAAGUAUUCACAAGUGCCAGGGUAUGACUCUUGAUAAACUUCAAACCAAUCUAUCCAGUGCUUUUGGCUAUGGAAUGGUCUAUGUAGCACUUUCACGUGUGAGAAGCUUAGAAGGCCUUAAGUUACAAGGUUUUAGGCCUUCGAAGAUUAAGGCACACCCAAAGGUUUUGCAAUUCUACAAAGUUUUUGUUAGUGAACAAGAUACAGAAGUCAAGAAUGAUGGAGCCAACAAGAUCAGUGAUCGGAGCAGUGAGGUAGCUCAUGUUACAGACACAAGAAGCAAUGGGGCAACAAAAUAUCAUUUUUCUCUUUCUGAAUUCCUGUCUUCACGCCAAAAAAGAAAAUGAAAAUUUCAGAUACUCUGAUAUUUCUCUACUAAUUUUGAGGUUCUUAGUAGGGAAGUUUAGUUGAGUUUACAUGGUGGUAAAUAAUUUUGAAUGCCUGAAGAGUAACCAAUUACAGCUUUUCUGUGGGAUCUUAAAAAUUCCCUUUAGUCUUUACUGAGCCUUAGACUGGGGAAUGCAUCAAUGUUUGUCAAAGAAGAAGGUGAAUUGUGAUUAUUUGUCCUUUGCUUUGGCCCUCAACUACUGAUCUCUCAAUCCAUUUGCUGUAGCGCGUAAGUGGUAGCCUCUAGGGAUUGAAAAGGAAAAAAAAAAAAAAGAUUGAAGCAAUAGCAGAAGUAGGAGCCUGCUGUGUAUUUGGUGUAUAUCUCUAUGGGUUAACAAAGGAGGGACACACAUGCACACCUAUGCACGCAGAUGAAAAAUGGGUCUCUAAUCAUGGAGCAUUUUAUUUUCACUUGACCUGUUAGACUAUUAGUUAAUUGGGAUAUGGAGAAAAUAUCCCAACUUUUUUAUGACAAAUAUGCAGAAGAAAUUUGAAAGAUGCCCAUUCCAAUUACCUAUAGGCCUGAUGAGUUUGUCUGGCUAGGGGGAAUACGUGGUGAAUUUUCAGUAAAGUCAGCACAUAAAUUGAACCUACAGCAUAGACUCUCUCAAGUUUGUGGAAGAAGAUAUGAGCUAUGGAGCUGGAAGUUUCAUUAAAGACUCAAGAUGUUAUAGCAGAGAGUAGCAUCAGAAAUUCGAAGUCCUGCCCCUUGGAGCUGGACUGGCAAUUUUAUCAGAAGUCCUACCCCCUGAAACUAGAUUGCAAAUUUUAUCAGAUGAGAGUUAAAGAUGUGUGUGUGGAUAGGGCAGACAGCAGUGUACAGGAGUUCUCUCCAUUGAUCAUUGAGAGUGAUUUUCAAACGGUAGUAGCUAGUAUUCAUAAUCUUGUUAUGUAGUUGACAAAGGACAUCAAAGAUCUGGUUAGAACCCUCUUAUCGGAUUGUGAUUGUAAUUUGAUUGCUCAUGCCCAUUCUAAAUGGGGCUUUGUAAUAACCCUGGUGGCUCUUUUAUGUCGUAGGUUUUCCCUCAGCGAUUGUUGUGCUUUUUUUGAUGAAUACGAUUGUUGUGCUUUUGA